GGAUUGAGUGUGUCCCGCUUUAUUUGUAAAACUGUACAGAGGUUGGCUGUAAUCUCAUUAAUUGAUUGCUUUUUUGUAUGCCUUGUCUGAGAUAAAGAGUAGAACUAACAAUAAUUAAUAGACAAACCCGCGCUGCGCAUCACCGAAUUAGCUGACAUCAAGUUUUUGAGCAAAGGAAGUUGUCUCAGAACAGUAGAAUCGUGCUGAUUAGCACUGUUGAUGACAGAGUUCUUGAUGUCCUAGGUAUUUUCGAUUAUACGUUUAAUGCCACACUGUGGAAAUUACAAUAAAUAAUGUAUACCAAGUAACAACAGGGGAGCAUUAAAAUUCUUCAGGAUAUAUUUAUAGCGUACAUAAUCCAUCGCAUCUUCUAAUUAACAUCAGCUCUAAAAAUGACACUGUGAAAUGCGAUUAAAAAUCACAAGCCAGUUACAGCAAACAAUGAAAUAAAAAGUUAUGUAAAGUGACUUUAUGCAUGAUUGAUAGGAAAUUCUUCUCUCUCCAUCUAUCGGAUAUGUUUAAAAACGGUGACGCGCGGGUCUCCAUCAGUAUACGAUUCUAGAGGCGUGCGGACUGGCUGGAGUCAGGAAUUGGUGGGUGCAAUAAUUUGUGAGUGGAUUAUGUUUGAACAACAUGGGAUGUGGCAACUCUCUGGACAGACACUCCUCUUCAUCUGACCACAAUCCCGUCCCCUGCAGGCUGGACCUGACCCCCAGGCAGCUGGAGCUGAUUCGAUUUAGCUGGGACCUCAUCCAAAAAGAUAUGCUAGUUACCGGUCUGGAAAUAUACGCGAAUUUCCUGAAGAAUUUGGAAUCCGAGAUUCUCCUUUUGUUUCCCAAAAUAAUUCACACUGACGAGAACAAUGAGCGGUUAAUAGUGCACGAGGAGAACCUCCAGCAUCACGUGAUGAUCGUGAUGAAGGGGAUUGGUAAGGUCGUCGACAACCUUGACAACCCCGCGUUAAUCCACAGCUUCCUUAGUUACGUCGGCCAAAGGCACGUGCAGAGCAACGUCAAACCGCACAUGCUAGAGAGACUGUGGCCAUCCAUCGAUGACAGUUUUCGAACCGUCCUACAAGAUGUCUACACACCGGAUGUCAGGUCGUCGUGGAGAUGUGUUAUUGACUUCAUGAUCGAAAAAAUUGCAGAAACGAUGGAGGAAGCAGAACGAAAACAGGACUUCCGGUUAGCCAAUGACAAGAACUGCAGUUUUGCGCACCUGGCGGAUUAAACUGCAUCAAGUGUACAGCACAACCUUCAAUAAGCACCCUGUGAUCUCCUCAUUGUUUGAUACUUGUAGUCAGUGUAUAUUCAUUUACUGCU